AUGUCUUACAGAGAAAUCAGAGAUUUUUCCGAGCACCUCCGAAUCUUGGAUUACCCACAUUCGACGACAUUGCCAACUGUCAACAAUGGCGGCUUCUCAGCAUUGGCGGUGCUGCUGCAAUGGUUAGCCGGUAGAGUGGAAACUGGCGCAAGUAUCGCAGGAGACGCCACUCAGGAAUCAGGACGGGUGCAACUUAUCAGAUCGGCGGUGGAAUUCAUGGCUGUGAAGGCUGGAAUUAAAUUGAAUCCAAGAAGAUUAUAUGGUUGUGGAGGAGGUGCAGCAAAAGAGUUACUGAAGGUAACGACAAUGCUUGUAUCUGCUCCAAAAACUGAAGAAGAUCCUUACUCAGACAACACGUCAUCUUUAGAUAUGGAUCUUAUGGAUAAGGUUGAAGAACUUAGAACAGCAAGAUCACUAUCAUCAGAACUCACAAAUCGAGGAGCAACACUGUAUGAUUUACUUGAAAAGGAAAAAAAUAACAAGGAUUUACGUAUCCAACAUUCAACAAGAGUCCUGGAACUGCCUGUGGUUGAGGCAGGUCUAAAAGCUGCUGUUAAUCAACUGAAAGAACAAUUGGACGACAAUCAAAAUGCCCUGGCAAAGGCAAAAGCUGAUAGUGAGAGUCUUGCGAAUAAAAUCCAACGCAAAGAAACAGAAUGCAAUCGAGCCAAUCAGCGUUUGGCAACUUUGAGCAAAGUCAGGUAA